AUGUUAGCUGAGGAAGUUGAUGACUGGUGGAUCAACACUCGUCAGGUGUUGGAUGCUGCAGCUGAAGUUGUAACUUGGGUUGUGUUCCACAAGGAAUUUCUGAGAAAGUACUUUCCUGAGGAUGUUUGUAGGAAGAAGGAGAUUGAGUUUCUGGAGCUGAAGCAUGAUAACUUGUCGGUUACUGAGUAUGCUGCCAGAUUUGUGGAACUUGCUAAGUUCUACCCUCAUUACAUUGAGAGAGAUGUUGAUGGUAAGAGUCCAAGUGGGGGAGGUGCUGCUACUCCUCUUAAGUGCUAUAGGUGCAACGAGUUUGGUCAUCGUAUCAGUGAAUGCAAGAGUGAUGUGAAGAAGUGUUACAAGUGUGGGAAGUUAGCACAUCUUGUUGCUGAUUGCAAAGAGAAUGUGGUGACUUGCUACAACUAUGGAGAACCAGGACAUAUCAGCACUUAUUGUGUGAAGCCUAAGAAAGCUUCAACUAAAGGAAAGGUUUUCGCUCUGGCGAGGACUCAGAUUUCUAGUGAUGACAGGCUAGGCCUUGUUGUGUCUUCUAUGAGUGGAGAAAUGGUUAUCAAAACUCAUGUUAAAGGUUCAGUGGCUACUACUUUAUUUCUUACUCCCGGUGAGGAGGAAAAAGCUAGUUUCUUGUCUACUAGACAAUUGAAGGAGCUUCUGGAAGAGUGUAACGAAUGUGUUAGCAUUUAUUAA